UGCUAUGUGGAUAUUUGUUAGCAAUGACUGAUGUGGAAUCUACAUAUGCAGACUUUAUUGCUUCAGGAAGAACAGGUAGAAGAAAUGCAUUACAUGACAUACUUGUGUCCUCUCCGGGUGGGAACUCUAGUGAACUGGCCUUAAAGUUAUCAGAGCUUGAUAUAAACAAAGCAGAAGGAGAAGGAGAUGCACAACGAAAUCCAAGUGAGCAAACCGGGGAGGCCCAAGGGGAGGCAGCAAAGCAAGAAAGCUGACAUCUGACUUUGACCGACUGGAGCAGCUGCUGGAUGUUUUCAGACUACAAGAGCAUGCUGGAACAAAUUUGUUUCCAUGAGCAAGCUGGUGGAAAAGAAAGUGCAUGUGUCUUCACUGCUGGAACCCACUCAACACAAUGCUAAAAAUGGGGGUACAAGCUGUGGCAGAAGACAGAAUUUUCUCUACCUCUGUCAUUAGCAAUGGUUGAACAUGUAUUGAUUUUUUGGGAUAGUGUCAUCAGAUGGAUCCUUCAUAAUGACUACUUGAUGGGAACACUUUUAGAAAGUAGAACAGGUAAAUCUUGUAGCAAAUGGCCUUUGAAAUGUCAGAGGAUCUAAUUGUGUAUCUUAAGAAAAGGCUUGUGUGAUCCUCAGAGUUUAAAAUUCUCUGGCCAAAGUGUUCACCCAUUAAAAGAACUGUAAAGAAAGCACUGUUUUUAGAACCUUGCGUCUGUUUUACAGCUCUGUUAUUUACAAUGGUUUUUGUAUCGUACGACUUAGAUGCUCCACACUGCCCCUUCUCAACUGCUUAUGAAGAAUAUUUCUGUUACUGUGAAUUUUUCUACCACGCGUUUUGAAAGGGCUGGUUUUUUGCAUACUGUGGUGAUGUGCACAUGAUAGAUUUAAAACGUCAACCGCUAAAUUGAUUAUGCCUAAACCUAAAUGACUCAGCAACACUCUAAUUUGUUACUAGAUGAGCCUUCAAAACGAUUUGU